UUUCUCCUUUUUCCUGCUCCAGCCCCAGAAUGUUGGCCUUUGCUGUCCUGGCCCUUCUUUGUGCCUCAGCUUCUGCCAAUGCCAUUCAGGCCAGGUCCUCCUCCUACAGUGGAGAAUACGGAGGUGGUGGAGGAAAGCGAUUCUCUCAUUCCGGCAACCAGCUAGACGGCCCAAUCACUGCCCUCCGUGUCCGAGUCAACAGAUACUUCAUUGUAGGUCUCCAGGUGCGUUAUGGCACGGUAUGGAGUGACUAUGUGGGUGGCAGACUGGGAGACCUGGAAGAGAUCUUUCUGCACCCUGGGGAGUCAGUGAUCCAGGUGUCUGGCAAGUACAAGAGCUAUCUGAAGCAGCUGAUCUUUGUGACGGACAAGGGCCGCUACCUACCUUUUGGAAAAGACACAGGCACAAGUUUCAAUGCUGUUCCCUUGCACCCCAACACUGUGCUCCGUUUCAUCAGCGGCCGAUCUGGUUCUGUCAUUGAUGCUAUUGGCCUGCACUGGGGUGUCUACCCUAGUCACUGCAACAGCUGCUGAGCCCCAGCCUGCUCUUUGACAGGGGCACUGUGGUGGGUAUGAGAACUUCCU